CUGCCUCACAUUGACGACGAAAACGACUUCGAGACGACUCUCAUCACCUCCGUUUUACACCAUCCGAGAAUCGAGAUGGGCAUACACAUAAUAUAACGCUGGCAUGUUUUUAAUAGGUAAUUACAGGGGAAAGCGAUCUAUUUUAUACCACACAACCAACCUCAUACUGGUCACAUCUAAUCUCUUUCCUUUUGUCUACUUGUGCUUUUUUCUGCUUUUUUUGCUUUUUCGGAGUGCAUGGGUGGAGAGAGGUGCGGAUUUUGUGUAUGUUGUCGGAUUUUGCUUUUUAUACUAGAAGGCUUUGUCUGUUUUGUUCUUUUAAAGAUUCCCACAAUACUUUGGUAUGCAUAAAAUAAA